CUUAUAAAGUUUUACCCAACACUUUUGCAUCCCGGAAGGAACCCCACGUACACUACAGAUUUAGUAACGCUAAUGGCGAUCGUCCUACCGGUAGUGUACCGGCAAGUACAGAGUAAAAGAGACUGGGAUGCGACACCAGGUGACCUUCAUCAGUCUCUCGUCCCUUUCUCGGCUCUUACUAGUUGAGCUUAUCUUCUGCCUUCAUCAAAUGCCUAGUGCUCGAGCACUGGCGCAAGAUGGCGAUGGGUCGUGUGACGUUCCUACAGUGGAACCACUGGCAAGUACGUCACUGACGUGUCAUUUUAACAAGGACCUGAAUGAGACGAAGACCGACUUCACUGUCUUUUUAACCAUCGGAGUAAACCCGCAAAAAUCUCAGAAAGUAUUGGCAUGCGGAUGGACAUCAAAGAAUAUAAAAUGUUCUGUCAGUCCUGGAUACCAAUUCAACAAUGCAGUAUCUCACAAAGUGACCUUGGAAAUUCCUAGAGCUUCUGUACUACAGAUAGGAACAUAUACAUGUGUGCAUAACAACAUGGCUACCGACAGAAGUAUUUCUUGUGAUUUUCGCCUGACACUAGCGGGAAAAACAAUGUGCGACAUACCCUCUGUAAGAGUAAAUACAUCGACCUCCCUGACAUGCUACUUCCCAGAGGACAUCAGCAGGAACGAAGCAGACUAUACGGUCUCAGUCUAUCAUUAUAAAAACAGUGGUAACCCAGCAGACCGAGUGUUUAGUUACCUAUCGAUGAAAAAAAGUCAACAUGCCACCCGUGGAUACGUACUUGAUGGCGAUAUCACAGAUCACCUGACUCUGAGAUUCCCUAAUGCUGUAAAGGAGCAAGAAGGGAAGUACAGCUGUAUCAUCACAGGCGUGGACUUAGCCCAAAACUGCUCGUUCACGCUUGCGAGUGUUGUUCCAGUGACAUCGACUUGUAGCAUUCCAAGUGUCCAAGAGACAGAACCAGCAGAACUGACUUGUGCAUUCAGUGUUGAUGUUAAUGUCACUAGAAAGGACUUCAAAGUGGUUCGUGACGGUGGGGCAGAAAUUGUGAGCUGCAAGUGGAGAAAUAAUGAGCUAAACUGCAGUAAAUAUCUGGGAUAUGAAAUCAACGAGACGGUUACAAAUCACGUUGUCAUCAAAGUAGCAGAGGCGUCAAGUAAACAUAAAGGAAGAUACGUUUGUCAACUGAUAAACGCAGAGAUGAACUGUUUUAAACCAUGUGACUUUAAUGUCUUAAUGACAGCCAAAUCUACUGGUGAACAUGGUAACACUGCUACUAUAGCUUUUACUAUAAUAGGCAUCCUCCUUGCAGUGUUUUUAAUCGCGAUAGUCAUCAAGCUACGUCGCAGGUUACUUUGUUUCAAAAUGUGCCGACAAAAAGGGAACAAGCCAAAAAAUGCUAGCAGCGACAAUAAUGGAACAAAAGAAGAGCAACAGGCAAUUGCAUCUAAAGAUGAAACGUAGUCUGCAACAACAUUUGUGUGGUCAACUGCCUGAGGACACGCAGCACAAAAGGCGUUCUUACUAUCAAGAGCGAUCCCAAGAGACCUCGAACCUGUUCACAAGCUGUAAAUCAGCUAAAUUUUGUAAAAUAUAUCUAAAAGCUGGAAGUAAGGUACCUGCUUCUGUAACGGCAACAAAACAGAGUCAAAGUAAUGCACUUAAACGAAAAAAAUUACAGAGAGAGAAACAAAUUAGAUUAGAAGAUAGCCAAAAACAAGUGUGCCCGGUACUAGUUUUGCCCGUGCCAGUAACCCGAAGGUAGGACAGGAAGGCGGCUUGUAGAUGUUGGAUAAAGAAAGCUUACUUCAAGGGAAAACUGAUUUGGAGAGGCAAGAUGUGCCUCUAAAAAUAGCUCAUCGAAUCUCAUUGUAACGCUGAUUUUUUUUACAUUUGACAGUUUAAGAUAAUUUUCUUCCUUGUCAAAAAAAGUUUGCAUUUGUUUUAUACAAUUUUUAUCCAGAAACGGUUUUAUGUCAUUAGGCCUGACUAUAUGUAAUAUGUUCAUCACCUGAUUGCUGGAAACAUCGCUUUUAUACCUUCAUUGUAUAUUUAUUUUUAUGAUAGCUGACAAUCUCUUCUGCAGAACCAAUACAACUGCUCCUUUAUGAGGAAAUAAUUAACCCCUUGUGGAUAAGAUUGUAACUAAUAAUAACUGCAGCUCAUGUAAAAAGAGAGUAAAGUCCCUUUGCCUAACCAGC